AUGAUUCACAUCCUGGGAAAUUUUUAUCACUGGAGAACUGUCGCAUUACUAUCACUAUUCCCGUAUAUUAUUUUCCUUGUCAUAAUUUUUACUUGGCCGGAAAGUCCUGCAUGGUUAGUUUCAAGAAAAGAAUUCGAGAAAAGUAAAAAGGCGUUUUAUUGGUUAAGAGAGCAUAGUGAAGAAGCUGAAAAAGAAUUAUAUGAACUAAUCAGAGCUCAAAAGGAUAAGCCGGCUGAUAUAAAUAACAGCAGUUUCAACGAGAAAGUUGUUCAAUUUUUAAAGAAAUUUACGAGGAAAGGUUUCGUGAAACUAAUAGUCAUAAUAAUGUUUAGCGGGCUGCUACUUGAAACUUGCGGUCGGCACAUUUUUCCCGCAUAUGCCUUACAAAUUAUUGGUGAAGUGACAGGGGACAAAUCUCAAUCAUUUCAUUAUACAUUAGCUUUAGAUAUAAUUAUAACGACCAGCGCUAUAUUUUCCUCGGUAUUGGUCAAAAUUUGCAAGCGUCGCACUCUUCUAUUUGUUUCUGGAUUUUGUGCUUUGUUUAUUUUAUUUAGUGUAUGCACGUACCUUUAUCUAGUAUCUAAAGCAAUAAUUUCUAACAACUAUACUUGGAUACCAAUAUCGUUGUUUGUAUUGUAUUUUAUAUUGGCCAAUUUGGGCUGUACACCAAUUCCUCUAGCUUUAUUAGGUGAAGUGUUACCAUUAGCUUACAGAGGUUCUGGAUCAGCUGUUGCAGGUCUUGUAAUGUCUCUUAUCAUGGUGGUAGCACUCCAAAUUACACCAUAUUUACUCGAAAGUGUUAAAGUUUAUGGUACAUUCACUGUAUUCGGAUCAGCUAUGGGCUUAAGUCUAGUGACUGGCUUUAUUUUAUACUACCCGAGACAAAAGACAGAACUUUGCAGGAGAUUGAAGAUUAUUUCAAUUACGGAAGAUUUAGGAACCAGGAAAAGCUAA